CCCACCCUGAGUCCAAAUGUUCUCUGCCUGGAGGAGAUCAAUGUUCCUGUCUGUACAUGAGGACCCCAUGCCCACCAUCGCUUCUUUCAGUUCCUCCGAUGAUGUCAAUGGAGCAGAGGUUAUGUAAAGUGAAAGCCCCCAGAUUCCCACAGCAUUUUCCAGAACAGAAAACACCUCCGAGGGCAGCUCUUGCCAUCAGAAAGCCUGGCUGAAGUUGUGAGCGCGUUCAUUUUCUUCCUCAGUCACUGUGGAUGGCAUCCCAGACGCUCCUGGAGUUCCAGUCCUACAACCAGAGCCAGCUCCUGCCUCCAAAUGCCACGUCCUGUGCCAAUCCUUGGGAAGCCUGGGACCUGCUGCACAGAGUGUUACCGACAUUCAUCAUAACCAUCUGCUCCUGUGGCCUGCUGGGAAACCUUUUCGUGCUGUCCAUCUUCCUCGUGCCCCGGCAGCGUCUGACCGUGGCUGAGAUCUACCUGGCCAACCUGGCAGCUUCCGACCUGGGGUUCGUCUUGGGCUUGCCCUUCUGGGCGGAGAACAUCUGGAAUGAGUUCAACUGGCCUUUCGGAGCCGUCCUGUGCCGCACGGUCAAUGGAGUCAUAAAGGCCAAUCUAUUCGUCAGCAUCUUCCUGGUGGUGGCCAUCAGCCAGGACCGCUACAGCGUGCUGGUGCACCCCAUGGCCAGCCGGCGGCGGCGGCGGCGGCGGCGGCUGGCCCAGGCCACCUGCCUGCUCAUCUGGGUCUUGGGGGGCCUGCUGAGCAUCCCCACAUUCCUGCUCCGCUCUGUCAAAGCCGUCCCGGACCUGAACAUCUCUGCCUGUGUGCUGCUGUUACCCCACGAGGCCUGGCACUUUGUAAGGAUCGUGGAGUUAAACGUGCUGGGUUUCCUCCUCCCGCUGGCUGCCAUCGUCUUCUUUAACUACCACAUCCUGGCCUCCCUGCGAGGGCGGGCGGAUGUCAGGAGGAUGAGGAGUGGGGGCCCCACGGAUGGCAAGACCACAGCACUGCUUCUCACGCUCGUGGCUGCCUUCCUGGUCUGCUGGGCCCCCUACCACGUCUUUGCCUUCCUGGAAUUCCUGUUCAAGGUGGAGGCCAUCCAAGGCUGCUUCUGGGACAAUGUCAUAGACCUGGGCCUCCAGUGGGCCAAUUUCUUCGCCUUCAUCAACAGCUGCCUGAAUCCCGUCAUCUAUGUCUUUGUGGGCCAGCUUUUCAGGACCAAGGUGUGGGAACUUUAUAAACGAUGCACCCCUAGAAGUCUUACUCCAAUGUCCUCAUCCCGUAGGAAAGAAAUCCUCCAAAUUUUCUGGCAGAAUUAAAACAGCAAUGAGCCAAGAAGCGUGGCUUCCUGAUCAGUUAUUUCUGACAUAGCCAAUACUAUCGUAGUAGGCUGACAAUGGCCCCUCAAGGUAACCAGGAUCUAGUCCCUGGAAACUGUAAAAGUUUCUGUGGUAAUGGGGACUUCGCAGAUGCAACUAAACUAAGGAUCUUGCAAUGGGGACAUGGUCCUGGAUUCUCUGAGUGGGCCCCAUGUCACACAAAGGUCCUUAUAAAAGCCAAAAAGAAGCGUCAGAGUCAGAAGGCAAUAGGACAACAGCAGCAAGAGGCUGGGGUGAUGCCAGGAAGGGGCCAUGAGCCAAGGAUCGCUGGCACCCUCUAAAAGCUGGAAAAGGCACAGAAUGGGCUCUCCCUGGAGCCCCCAGAAGGAACCGACCUGCGGAUAUCUCGACUUCAACCCAGUGAGGCUGCUUUUGGAUGUC